AUGGCGUCCGCGGACGUGGACAGCAGUCAAAGCGAGUUCCUGCAAUCCGGCGGCGCUGCGGAAACACAGACAACGGACAUGUCAGCCAUCCAGCUGACGGGAUCAGACCGAUGGGAGGUGUUAACUUCCGUCUCAACUGGGAAGGAUGACCAGGGAAUUGUCCACAUUCCAAACUCGGGGAUCGUCACGUCUAACGGUCAAUACGUACUUCCUAUUGGGAGUCUUCCUAAUCAGCCUAUAUAUGUUACAGCAUCUGGGAAUGAGGCUUCAGCCAAUGGAGUGUCAGGAAUUCAGUACCAGGUCAUCCCUCAGAUUCAGAAUGCAGAUGGGACUCUUGCUGGAUUCACAACGCAGGGAAUGGAUGACGGCACAGGGCAGAUCCAGCUCCUCCAAGAUGGCAGUCAGGUCAGCAUUGGGACAACGGCGACCACAGACCUCCUGACACAGGCAGGGCACAUGCAGUCAAUCCAAGGAGUCUCACUGACUGGUGGAGCAGCGUACACCAGUACGGUACCCGUGGGUCUGCCAGGCAACAUUACAUUUGUCCCAAUAAACAGUGUGGAUCUGGAGUCACUGGGACUCACAGGAGCACAGACAGUACCCAUCGCAACCGGGGUGACGGCUGAGGGUCAGCUGAUCAUGAGUGGCCAGACUCUGGACACACAGGGUCAGGACACAGUCAAACAGUCACUGGUGACUGUGAGCAAUGCCAACCAGGAGCUCUACGUGCCAACCUCCACCACUGUUUCUUCUUCCAACGCCUCCCACCUUCCUGCAACCAUAGAUGGCACCGGUGUCCUGACCCAGGCCACUGCCGUGUCUGCGGGAAUGUCUGACCCCUCCUCAUCAGGAAACUUCACUUCCCAAAACCAGCUGCAGCAAAUACAGGUGUCGUCAGCUAACGCCACCACCAUCUCACAGCCCAUCCUGCAGCUGUCUGGAGACACUCAUGCCCAGGUUGGCCAGGUGGCCCAGGGUCAUGACAUGAGUGGAGCUGGUCAGACUCUACAGAGUGUUCAGUUGGUCAACCCUGGGACCUUCCUCAUCCAGGCUCAAACUGUUACCGCCACAGGACAGAUCCAGUGGCAGACCUUCCAGGUCCAAGGUGUCCAGUCACUCCAGGGGCUCCAGCUGCCUCAGGGCCAGGGUCAGGCCCAGCAGUUGACCUUAGCUCCCGUUCAGACCCUUCCUCUCGGUCAGGCAGGUCAAGUCAGCCUUCCUAACCUCCAAACUGUCACAGUCAACUCUGUGACACAGGCCGGAAUUCAGUACACACAGGGAGAGGACACGAGCAGUCCAGUUGGCAUACACAUAAAAGAAGAGCCAGACUCUGAGGAUUGGCAACUGAGCGGAGAUUCCACCCUAAACCCCAGUGAUCUAAAUAACCUACGUGUUCAGAUGGUAGAUGAGGAUAUGGAGACACCUAGUGGGGAGGGCAAGAGGCUGCGCCGAGUGGCCUGUACCUGUCCUAACUGUAAAGAGUCUGGAGGAAGAGGUUCAGGCAUGGGCAAGAAGAAGCAGCACAUCUGCCACAUCGCCGACUGUGGAAAGGUCUACGGGAAGACGUCUCACCUGCGAGCUCACCUGCGCUGGCACAGCGGAGAGAGACCGUUUGUCUGCAACUGGAUGUUCUGUGGGAAGAGGUUCACCAGGAGUGACGAGCUGCAGAGACACAGGAGGACACACACAGGGGAGAAGAAGUUUGUGUGCACAGAGUGCUCCAAGAGGUUCAUGAGGAGCGACCACCUGGCCAAGCACAUAAAGACUCACCAAAACAAAAAAGGCACGGUUCCUCCAGCCGCAUCCCCGCCCAUCACCGACACCGUCAUCACCGCCGACGGAACCACGCUUAUCCUGCAGACGGCCCCCAAUGACCUCGUAGCCAAUCAGGAGAUUCCUCUGCAGCUGGUCACUGUGGCGCCGGGUGAGGUGCUGGAGUGAGAGGGUAAAGAACAGGGUGCAGUGGAUUGUUGUUUUUGUGAACUGACUUUUAACAGGGACUCUUGGCCUUUUCUCUUCCCUUUUUUUACAUAAUGAAUAUAUAUAUACGUAAAUAUAUAUGACAAAUAUAUAUAUUUUAAGUAAGAAUUAUCAUGACCUUGUUUUUUGCAGUCUUUUUAUAGGCGGGCAAAAAAACAUUAAUGUGGUUGCUAUGUAUACACGUAACACACACACACACACACGUACACAUACACAUAGGUAACACUCAGUACACAACAUGAAUACUCAAUGAAAAUGCCUUAUUUUGUAUCAUACUCUUGUAUAAAAUGCUGGAGGUGCAUGUGUUUUUUUAAAGCUUUGCAGAUGUUGUAAUGUCUGUGUUUAUCAAACACAGACAAUAAUGAUGUUGAGGAGUUUUGUUUUUGGAAAGGAAGGAUGGAACCUCUCUGGGAUUGUUUAAACUGCCUGAGAACAGUUCAGACUAAAUCUGUCGCUCUGUUUGAAGCAGCACAAACGUCUGCGUUGAACUGAAACCUGGGUUUGAGGAAGUCAGAUCAGAGAAGUGCUACAUGUUUGCCACAAACAGCCCUUUAGCUUAGCCUCAACGUGAGAGUCCCCGCUUUUUAAGGCCAGGUUUUACACAGGUGCUGACUCCAUGCACAGGACUCCUCAUCUAAAACCUGAACAGAGAGCCAAAUCCUACCUCCACCGCUAAGGACACGCUACAAGAUCAUUGGUCAGAUUUUAACUAGGAUUCCCGGUUGGACAAAGUCUGCAACAGUUUGGGACCGUAAACAGGGCAAGUUAGUAUAAAAUCAGACAGCGUGUGAGGGGAACAGACCAGAUCUGACUUGUCACGCUCAGUUAAACAUGUUUGAAUUUGUUUUAGCCAUAUCUGAAUGCAAUCAGUUAGCGUGGACUGAUUAUAUUGCGGACAGUAGUGUAAAUGUGCUGGACACCUGGAAAGUUUGUUAUAGAUAUUUAGUCAUAGACCACUAGAGGUCACCCUCAACUCGUAGUAACUGCCAGGUGUAUUAAUGAACGUAACACGUUGUAAGUCAAGUAUUUUAACGCAUUAUUCACACACUGUAUAUAAAAUUUUGACGUCACCAUAUGAAUGCACCAGAUAAACUUCCACUGUUUCUUAGGGGAACUCGUAUCCACCUCAACUGUGUCACAGAUAUUUGUAGUCUAACACGCGACUCUUUAUGAUUAUCUGAGAUAGACUGGGGUCUUUUAGGAAAUAUUGUUUUUGCACAGUUACCACAGUUUGGGAAGCUUUAAAGGUGUGGCCUGAAGGUGGAUUUGGUUACUUACCAUCAACAGACCAUAGAACAGAAACAGGAUGUUGAUGUCACGGUCCGCAAUUCGAUGCCUCCAAUACAUGGGUUCACUGCCAAGAACAAGACGUUGCUGCUGUUUCAAACAGAGCAGGAGUUUCAGCUACAGCCAGAAGAGGGCGACAGUGCCACCGUUUCUGGUCUGCAGCUGUUGUAUCUCCGUCUGGUGGGUGAAGCUGCUGAGAAAAAGGGGCAACUUCUUCCAGCGUCUGCUCGGUGUGAACCGAACGUCUCUGCUCGUCCUCAUCUACGCAUUUGUUUUUUUUAUUUUUUUUCUUAUUCCUUUUGCAUUAUUUUUGUUGUACAUUUGCUUUGUACUUUUUUUUCCCCCUUACGUGUCCUUUUGCCAACCUUGGGUGUCAUCUGAAUCAAUGCUCUGGAAUGGUGACCCCAGCUGUGGGUCACAUCAGGUUUCCUGCAGGAAAAGCAACUUGUGACAGAGGAAAUAAAUCGCAGACACAGAUGCAAUCGAUUGCCCAGUCCCCCGUUUGUGGGCAUUUUAGUCAUGGAACAUUCCAUAUGGUUCCAGCUGAUGUCGGAUUCAUUUGAUUAAAACCCAGAUGUCACUCGAUGGAGAAACAAUCAUGCCAUUGUUAAAUUUUUGUGUGUAUUUUAAAAUUUUAAUUAAUGUAAUCCUCUCCUGUUUGUAGCAGUCAUCUACAUGUAUAUUAUCUUUGUUUUUCACAUUGUUUAUAGAAGCCAUUACGUUAGUUAACGCAAUUUGAUGUAUCAAAACCUUUAUUUUAAGUGAUUUUUUUAAUGGAAAAUUUGGUGUAAAAAAUGAAUGUUACCUUUUUUUGUAAAACAUUUUUUUCAAAUGGAACACAAUAAAAGUCUGAAACCUUUAACAACUUUAGUUUUUAAAUACAGUACUUUAGCAACAAGGAGUUAAAUUCAAUUUAGUGCCAGGUUCAAUAACAAAACAACUUACCUGUUAGUGUGGAAAAAAAGCUUAACAGCUAAGGGAUAUGGGCAUAGCUAAUAUCUGUCAUAGAUAUUUCCAAACCUAGUAAUUAGGACAGUUUUUCCCAUAAAUCCAUCACUUUUCACCGUAUGAAAACUUUUAUUCCUGUCCCCAGUUCAGAAUGUCAAAUACACACAUACCAAAGGGCUGAGGAGUAUUAUGUCAAAUACAUUUAUGAAAAUACACAGAGCUUUUUACCAACAUGACACAGCAGCUAAAACAGCAGCGUAAAGAACGGAGCAGCAGAAAACUCAAAUGAUCUCCACUGCAUUUUAUCCCUUUUACAGUUUGAUGAUCUCAGAUGAACAAACUCUCAGGCUUUUAACUCGUACAGGGUUUAAACACGGCUCAAUGAGAGUCUAAGAUCAGGAAGUUUCUGCAGCUAAAGAAAGUUAAAAAAAGCAUCAGUAAGUCAUUCAAUUUUUAAAUAUUCAUGCCAAUUUAUUAGGGAAAGUAUUAACUGUAGCCAAAAAUAGUUACAUCGAGGGCAACUGGACAGAGUAGGUUUCUUGAAGACGUUUCACCUCUCAUCCAAGAGGCUUCCAGAACUGAAGAAGCCUCUUGGAUGAGAGAUUCCAAAAAAAAAACCUACUCAGUUGACCUUGAUGUAACAAUUUUUGGAUAAAAUGACCUUGAUGACUGAUAAUCUUCAGCAUUUUAGUAAUGUAGCAUUUGUCUUUAAAAAUGUCAUCAGAACCAUUCAGAGUAGACGUCUCUAACCACUGGCCAAAGACCUGUGUCAGAGCUGUGGCUCAUUUGUACUUGGCUGAGAAAUUAU